AUGAGCUUCAUCAAAAAUGAUGCACCAGAAAUAGAAGUGGAACGUCCUUUUGUUCAUACGGGGGUUGGUUAUGAAGCUCAAUUAAUAUGCAUAGUUCAUGCAGAACCACCACCUCAUGUAAUAUGGUACAAAGAAACUACACAGCUUGGCACCACCGAGCAACAUUCACAGCAGAAUAGAGGAAAUCGUCAUAGUCUCAUAAUUCGGAAUGUAACGUACAGUGAUUUGGGAAAUUACACUUGCCAGGGUGCAAAUAAUUUGGGAAAGGACAGAGCUUCGCUAACAUUAAGCGGAAUCCCGUCAAUAUGCGAAUUCGAUUCGCAAACGUUGAGCAGUUUCCGUGACCAAUACAAUAUUUCAUGGACGGUACAGAGCUUUGCACCGAUUUUGGAGUAUCGGCUAUUCUUUCGCAAACAAAGUUCCAGCAACGAAAUUCAUUACGAACGAUUGACGAACCACAACAAUUACAUAUCACAACAAUUCCAUACUUCAGCCCACGAACGACACCCCGAAUGGGAAAAUAUUGUCAUACCUCAAAUGUAUCAAACGUAUAAUCAGCACAGUAGCAGUCAACCAUAUCAUCCCAAUCUUAAUUACCGUCAUAGAAUGUCUUACUUAAUUAAAAACCUAACACCAGCCUCCAAUUAUGAAGCAAGAGUACAAGCACGUAACGAUCAUGGCUGGAAUAAACUUUCGAGUACCUUUCAUUUUUCAACGCGAGCCGAAGACUUGGAAUCGGAACCGUCUGCUCAACCUGCUGUCUUGAAAACCGCCGGCGUUGUUGACAAAGAUGCAUUCAACAGCUCCACCAUCAACGUAGCCUCACUCACUUCAAACUUAGUUAUUUUUGUACUUGUAUUAAGUAUGAUUUUAUGCUUAUGAUCCAUUUAACUAAUUUACGUAAAUCUUAAAGUUGUAUAAAGAUUGAAAAAACGAGAACUUCUAUUUAUAAAAAACAAAAAAAUUUAAUUGGAAAAUGCAAAAAAAAA